AAUUUGUUGUUGUCAGUGCUAGUACACAAAUGAAUUCAAAUAAAAAUACUAGUGAAAUUAUACAAUUUAUUUAGUAAAAAAUAUAAUAUUCUCAAAGUUCUUUAGAAUUAGUUUUAUCAUAUUUAAGCCAUAUUGGAAUCAUGUCUUUUCCUACCAAAAUCGACAAGAAAAUGCUAGUCGAGUUCAGUGCAUCGUACACGUUCUUCAUUGAGAAGCACAAACUGAUGGAAAUCAUGAGUCGCAUCCUGGCUGAGAUAUCACUGCAGCAAGUGCAGGAUAUUCGUCGAUGGCUGGGGGAGAAUAUACGUUCGAUUGCACAGGAUGUGUAUAUGAAGUCCUUGGACGCAUUUCAUCGGGGAGUCGCCGGAGAUUUCUUUCAGCUGCCCAAGAGUUUCUUUCAUCGCAUUGUGUUGCAUGGCAGACAUGGGUCUGGUCGUCAUUCACUCGCCCAUGUGCUGGCCGAGCGUUGGAAUCUGCUCAUCUUGGAUGCCGAUGUGCUCGGCUAUCAUCACAUCAAUGGACACGAGCAGAAUGCAAAUGCGGAGCUGCUCCAACAGGGCAUUGAGUCGGAUUGUGUCAUUCGCCGUUCGCAGGCAAUUGGGAAUAUUAUCCAGCAGCGUCUGCUCAAAGAGGAUGCCCUGCAUCGUGGCUGGAUCUUGUACAAUUAUCCCAAUAAUCGGUGUGAGGCACGUGAGCUAUUCGAGGGUUUCGCUGUGCCCCCAAAUCGUUUGAUCUUUCUGCAGAUCAACGAGCAAAUGGCCAGGAUGCGAUUGCUAAUGCGCAACUAUAGGCCAACUCCGCAGGAUAAUGUCACCUAUGUGGACCGACAGAUGCGACAGUUCCGCAAAAGUGAAGCAGCACUCAAUACCUAUCUCAGUUAUCGACGCGAGGUGGUCUAUGUGGAUGCCACAGCUUGUUUUGAGGCAGUCAAAUGCCACAUCAUGUCCCACUUGACCAAGACUCCAUAUAUGCUUGGGCAUAAGUAUGGCGAGAAUAGCGCUCUCGAGUAAAUCAAAAUCGGCAUCCAAUUGCAUGUCACAUCAAUUGUGAAAUACAAACUUACUUUAAGAAAUUAUGUUCCAUAAUAUAUUUUUUUUUAUUAUUUACUUAA